UUCUCCGCUUGCACUCGAAUGCGUCUCAGCAAACUGCAGCGUGCAGGGCGAGCUGCUCGGUAUUUGGUGUUGAUUAAUAGUUAUCCCUUCAAAAGAAUGAAAAUGUGGAAGAGCGAGCAGGGCUUGUUGGCAGACUGGUAGCCGGUGAAUGGAGGUCACAGCAGACACCGAGUGAGACAGAGARGAGAGGGAGGACGGACAGCGGCUAUCCGCCUUCAAAAAUGGCGUCUCCGGAGGAAAAUGAGUAAAAAAUAUUUAAACGCGGCCUAUUUCUCUACACUUCCUCGUUCGGCUUUUAUGUGUCUUUUUCGUGUUCUUGCGUCAGCCUUUGAGGUGUGAGCGACCCAGUUUCUGCUUUUACUCGGAUGGCCUUCGGAGAAAAGAGGGGAGCGAGUAUUUUGGGGGAAAUAAAAGCAGCCCCGUUUUAUUUUGAUGCGUCGUUGCUGACAGCUAGCAUCUGCUGCUAGCGCCACACAGCUCCGCUCCGGAGGGGGGUGGGAACCAUUUGCAUGCGAAGAGAGAGCAAGAGGGGGGGGGAAAAAAAAAAGAGAUUUUGAAAUUGGGGAUUUUCUUUUUGCUCGUCCAUGGGGAAUGAUUGCUACCAACGUGGCCCCGUCGAUUGCUAUCUUUUCUAGAGCUAGCAUCAGCGUAGCCAAAACUAGCCUGAAGAAAGGGGAGGAGAGACGGUGGAAAAAGGACGCGUUCAAGUCAAAUGUUUAAAAGCAAUUCGCCCAUUAGAGAGCAAAUCCGCGGCAUCUUCAUCAUGACCGUGACUGGUUUCAGACCGAGGAAAUGAUAAAGGCACAGGAAAAGGUGAAAGACUGGCUUUUUUUGGAGGUGGUUGGAUUGUAACCCCGUAGACCCCCCUCUUUUUUCAUCCAGCUUUCUCCUCCUCCCCACCAUUUCUCUUUCAAUAUGCUGUUUUCCACUCCUGAGGACUUGCUUAUGAAACCGGGGAAAAUAGCUUGAAAGCGAGAACGUGGAAAGACUGGAUAUUUUUUCGUGCCCUGCUACGUUCUCGUCGCUUUCACUGUAAACCGCUCCUAAAUGGAUAGAAAUUACCCGGGAACAGGAUUUGGCGAUUUGGGCGCAGGAGCAGGAUGGAGUUACGACAGAACGGCAAAAAGUCUGGUUUAUGGGAGUUCCAGAUCAUCCCACCCUGACUCGGAGCUCCUUCACAGACAAGCCUACUCCACCCCACACCCUCUGCAGGGCUAUGCCACCAAUCACCACCCAGGGAGCUCUGGCCAAGGCGGGGCUUGGGGAGCAGCUGGACGGAGUUUGGGUCUUUCUGGGCUGUUUGACACCGGCCUGCACCACGCCAGCCCCUCCGCUCCUGAUGCCUCGGUCAUGAACCUGAUCUCAGCUCUGGAGUCCCGAGGUCCCCAACCUCCGCCCUCCGCCUCCUCGCUCCUCUCUCAGUUCCGCACACCAUCCUGGCAGACAGCGAUGCACACGCCUGCUCCUCCUGAACUGUUCAUCUCUGGAGCCCUCCCUGGCUCUGGAUCCUUCCCUUCCUCUUCAGCUCUAUCAGCCUAUCAACAUCCAGCAUCCUUCUCCAGUCGCUCUUUCCCUGCAGCCUCCCUUUCCCUCCAGGAAACGCCCACAUUUAGCCCCACCUCCAACGGUCUGCUCUCCCCCCAUGACCCUCUUCUACACAUCAAAGCGCCGUCCCAGUCCAGCCUUGGUUUUGAUAGACUCCUAUCGUCACAAGGUGCCGCUGCCGCCGCCGCUUACAGGGGCAGCCAGGACCCCACGGGCGCUUCAUCGGCCCAGGCGUCUUCUGCCAGGCACCUGCAGUCACAUCAGUUCAAUCUGCUAUCAUCUCAGCUUCAAGACCAGUCCUCCCAGCUGUACAACCCGUCCGUGUUCUCCUCAGCCCAGCCCCAACCUCAAUCCCAGUCGCAGUCAAACUCGGCUCAGGAAAGGGCCAUGCCCCGACAGGACAGCGUCAUCAAGCACUACCAGCGGCCCACACCUGCUCAGUCGCAGCUCUCCUCCUCGGCUGCUCACUCUCUCCAGCACUAUCUCAGCUGUGGAGGAGCGGGCUACCAGCAGAUCGCCACCCACCAUAGGCACGCUGGCCUUCCCUGCAGCCCGCUGGGUGACCAGAGCCCCUCCUCCGACCACAAGCCUGCCCCUCGCACUGAACAGUAUCGACCCAUCAUUCAGCCUCCCUACUCCUCAUCUUCCUCUUCUUCUUCUUCCUCUGCCGGAAAGGGUGCAAAAAGUAGUUCCAGUAGUGGUUAUUCUUCAGGCAGUUCUGCGUCGUCAUCAAGGACUCCUCAUACACCCCCCUCGGCUUCCUCAACCUCCUCCUCCUCGUCCUCUUCUUCUGCAACGUCAGGAGCUCACCCUUCAAACUCGAUUCCCACGUCUAGCUCCAGCGCUGCUCCGUCUCGACAGCAGCCGCCCCCUCAACCUGCUCCGCCUCCCCCUACUCCUCAGCAGCAGCCUCCCUCCACCUCCACUUCAGCUCCCCAGUCUCUCCCCAAGUCUUGCUUGUCUGGUUACGGCUCCCCAGUGCCCCCUGUAAAGACCCCCACCUCUGCUCUUACUGGUCAGACUCCACCUCAACAACAGACUCAGUCUUAUUCUCCCAAUCAGCCCCCUACAUCCCACCUGGGACAGUCCUAUGGAGGCUUCAAUUCACCACAAGCCCAAGACCUGAGCUCUGGUACAGCUGGAAAAGGUUAUGGAAGUUUAGGUGGGCGGAGCCAUUCGUAUUCCACUGAUCUGUACGGCGCUGAUUCUGCUUAUGGAUCACUGCCCUCCUCUUUAGGUGGAGCGGGCAGCCCAUCACUUGGUUACGGAGCUCCAGGUCACUCACCUGCCCUUCUAAGGUCAAGUGGUUCCUCAGGUAGUGGAGCGUCUGGGGGAGGAAGCAGCAGCGGCGCAGGAAGCGGGAACUCCGGAUCUGGAGGAGCAACGGGAAACAGUAUGACCAGCGAGAGAGGUGGAGGAGGCAGCGGGGGAGGGUCCUAUCAUAUUCCCGACUCCAGCCCAUCUCCAUCGGGCAACUCUGGCAUAAUCCGGCCGGGUCUGCACUCCCCAGUACCCACCUGUCCCACUCAGUCUCCAGGAGGCCCUGGCUCAAAUAAAUACAUUCCCUCUGUUCUCUCUCCUACUUUUCUUGCAUCGCCCCAGGCGUACCCUGAUGCCAGAGGUCCUUCCUCCCAACCCCAGCCGUAUCAUUCCAAUUCCUCCAAAGCAAAACCGGACGGGUCUAUGAUGGGCGUGGGCUCCCAGAGAUCCCAGGAGGAAGUGGACGACGACGACGAGUUCUUGAUUCAGCAUCUGCUGCAAGCCCAAGCGAGCCCCGCUCCGCAGGCUGCUCAUCACCACGCUCAGCAACAGCCUCAGCAGGCGUCGCAGCAAACGCAACCGCAGCCACAGUCGGUACCUCCGACCAGCGAUUCGGGCAAAGGGAUGAGUUAUGACAUGGGCAAGAACCCAGAGGAGAGGUACCACCCCCAGAGCGUUAUACGUACGCACAGUGCGACGUCUUCUGCCGGGGUGGGGAAUACAGGUUCUGGAGGGUCCAUUUCUGGGCUUGACAACCAGCUAGAGAUGUCACUAAAGAAGCAGCAGCAUCAACACCAUCAUCAGCCGCAGCAACCGCAACAAAGGAGCGACCGAUCUGUUGGGGGCAGCAGAAACGGCAAUGGAAGAGGGAGCGCCGAGCAAGUGCACUCGCACCUCCAUCAUCACGACGGCCUCGGCUCUGUUGUCCACUACGGCCGGGGCGACCCCUACUCCCAACACUCCCUUGCUGCCCAACACUCCUCCCACAGUCAGCAUGUGUCCUCGCAUUCUCAGAUGCCGCCUCACCAGAUGGACCUCCAGAAGAAGUCGCAGGAGCGUGCGGAAAUCCCGUAUCCUCGGAAAACGCCGGAGCUGCAGCAGCAGCACCCUCAGUCCCAAGCCGCUGUGUCCCUCAUGGACUCACCCACGGACCAGUCCCGUCAGCCGCCACACCUGCUGCAGUCGGUGCUGUCCCACACCACCCGCAACAAGCUGGAGCCCCAUCAGCCGCACCACAAGAUGGACUCCCACCGCCAACACCAACAGCACCACAAAAUGGAUCCCCUCCCGCCGCAUCAACAUUCGAAAAUGGACUCCCACCCUCAGCACCCGCAGCACCACAAAAUAGACUCUCACUCUCAGCACCAACAGCACCAUAAAAUGGACUCCCAUAGCCAACAACAGCAGCACUCCAUCAACCAGCAGCAAGCGGUGAUGGAAGGAGGUGGCGGGAGACUGGGCUCCAGUAAACACCAGGCUCAGUCCCAGUCUCAAACCACCCAGCUCCAGCUUCAGCUGCAGUCGCAGGCGUUGGAAGUGGCAGCCGCCCACUACAACCAUGGCGCACAUCAGCAUGACCAGAGCCAGGUCAAGCAGAGCUCCGUGGUCUCCUCCCUGGACAUGCUGGAGCGCUCGCUCUCCCAGACCUCCAGCGCUGACGUUGGAGUAGCAGAAGACCGGCGUGGAGGACCGGGCAGCGCAGGGCGAAGCGGUGGCGGAGCCGGCGGCAGUGAGCGCCACCGGCAGCCUCAGCAGUCCCACCACUCGGCCCCAGAGCUCCACUCCUUCUUGACGGAGCCCGACAUCGGCUUGUCCACGCCGUCUCACAUGCACCACCUGUCGCAGCAUCACGCACAGCAGCAACAGACUUCUCAACACCACCUCCCUCACCCUCCGCAGCAACCACCUCACCCUCACCACAUACCCCCACCUUCCGCUUCAGCCCACCCCCAGAAUCAGCCCGACUCGCAGCAGAGCCAGCUGGACCAGCAGCGCUCCGACCAGCAUCAGUUCGAUACGGUCAGCCCGGUGGAGAAAGCAGACCAGAACCAACAGAGCAACCGCUUCGUUCCGUUGACCUCCAUCUGCUUCCCGGACUCCCUUCUUCAGGAUGAGGACCGCUCCUUCUUCCCAGGGAUGGAAGACAUGUUUUGCGCAGAGGACUACAAGUCGAGCUGUGCCGGCGGCGCCGGUCCAGGCCCGGAGGAGAUGAAUGAAAGCCACCCCGGGCAGGAAGGGAUGGACUCGAUGAAAGCCGGACAGAGUGCAGGAGGAGCUGCGGGCGGUAGCGGACCCGGUUAUGACAUGAUGGGUCACCAUGGUGGCGAUCAGGCGUAUGAACCGUACUGCCACGGCCUGGAGGAACCCAGCAGCAACACCAUGACUCUGGAUCUAGACUCUCUCAAAACCCACGAGCUUCCCUCUACGGUCAACACUGAACAGUUGGGUCUGAUACAGUCCCAGGCCCCAGCCAUGGGGAUGGGCUCCAACCCAGCUGGUCCAAAUAACGCUGGAGCGAAGCUCUCCUCUGGUCCUGGAGGAACCGGCUCCGGAGCCGGGUCCGGAGGCCUCCAGUCGCCCAUUUUCUGCUCGUCUCGUCCCAAGAAACUCCUCAAAUCCAGUUCGUUCCAUCUGUUAAAGGAGCGCAGGGACCCCAACACACUACCUAAGAAAAGCUACGCCCAAGAAUAUGAAUUUGAGGAUGACGAAGAUAAAGCCGACCAGCCUGCCGACAUCCGGCUGAACAGCCGCAGGCUGCCUGACCUUUUACCAGAUUUAGUGUCCAGUUGCAGAAAGGGAGGAGGCGGUGGAUCACUGAGCCCCUUAAUGGGUGACAUCGAUUUUUACCACGCCUCUGGCUACUCCUCUAUGGGUUCACACUCUAUCCUUCCCCCAGACGGACCGAAGAAGAGAGGCCGAAAGCCCACCAGGCCAAAAAGAGAGGGCCCCCCAAGGCCCAGAGGCAGGCCGCGUAUCCGCCCCAUGCCGGAGCCCUACACCCCACGGGGCAUGAUGGGAGAGAUGGGUGGAUCAGUCGUUGGAGGGGGGUUCAGCGUAGAGGGACGGGGUAGAGGUAGAGGACGUGGAAGCCGAGGAAGAGGAGGAAGGAGGGAGGAUAUGUACAUGGAGAUGAGCGGGAAGGAGCAGGAUCAGAUGCAUUCGCACCACCUGCAGCAGCAGCAGCUCCAUCACCAGCCCCAGCAGCAGCAGCAUGAGCCCAUCCCGCCUCUCAAGAUCAAGUUGCCAGUUGGUACUCUGUCCUCCUCCGACGCCUUGCUGAGGACAGACUCUUUGUCUGGCACCGACCCGGCUUUGUCGGACGGCUCGGUUGGCUCGGCUCCGUCGCUCGGUUUAAGUCCUGGGCCUCCCUGCAGCACCGAGAGCACCAGGAGCCAGGACAAGAGCAAACAGAAGAGCCAGAUGAUGAGUGAAGGAGUGGAUGAAGAGGGGCUGGAUGAAAGGGGAGAUGAGAAGGACUCCGAGUCUAAAGCUGGCUUUGUGGCUUCGUUCUUGGACUUCCUGAAGACGGGGAAGCGGCCUCCGGGUUUGGACAUCUCACCGGGAAUGGACCACGACAACGGCGAGACGUCRCCCUGCAAGGCCGGGGGUCUGCGCCCGCUGUCUCCCGCGCCGCCUCCCCCGCCGCCGCCRCCUCCGUUUGGGGACAGCGAGGGGAAUGGCGGACUGGCUCUCGGCAACUGCCCCAGCCCCAAGCGCUUAGAGGACGAGCUGAAGAGAAACCUGGAGACGCUGCCGUCUUUCUCCUCCGACGAGGAGGAUUCGGUCGGGAAGAACCAGGACCUCCAGAAGAGCAUCUCCUCGGCCAUUUCAGCUCUGUACGACACCCCUCAGCUGACGUCCAACAUCCAGGCUCCUCUACCGCCGCCUCARCCCCAGGCUCAGCCUAUCCAGGCUCCCCUSACCCCCACCCUGGAGCCUCCCGCGCUGAGCCCACAGCYCACCGUGCAAACCGCACACUCCCAGCCCGAGUCUGAGGAACCGGACAUCCUCCCUCCAGAAGACGGGGACAUGGAGGAGGACAAAGAGGAGGAGAUCGAGGAGGAACGGAGUACAGGAGAGGAAGAAGAGCGGGAUAUAACGGAGGAAAGGGAGCCCCAGCUGGAGACGCUGGGCGCUCCGAAACUUGAUGCUCCUCUUCCUGAGAUUCCUCCAGAGCCAGAAACUCCUGAACAAGCGUCUGUCCCUCCAUCUCCUGCUUCAUCCUCCUCUCCCUCUCACUCGCCCCUUCCUCCUCUCUCUCUCCCCUCACCUCAACCUCCUCAAGAGGAGCAGCAGGCCGAUUCCCUGCCUCCAAGCCCCGCCGCUCCCACGUCUCCUUCUCCGCCUCCACCUCCUGAACCAGCCGCUGUCCCUCAGCCGACCACGCCACCGCCAGCGUCUCCUCCUCCUCCUCCUGCGCUGCCUCCUCCGUCCUCGGCCCAGAAGGAGUCCCCCAUGCCGUCGCCAGAGUCUCCUGCGUCCCCUGAAGAGCCCCCGGCCCCUAAGAUCACGUCUCUGCACCUCGCCCAGAAGCAGGAAGAUGCAGCCAUUGUUGGAGAAAGCGAGGAGGAUGAGAGCGAGAGCGGAGGAGARGGAAUCUUCAGAGAAAGGGACGAGUUUGUGGUGCGGGUGGAGGACAUCCGGACUCUCAAGCUGGCUCUGCAGACGGGCCGCGAGCCGCCGCCCAUCUGGAGGGUGCAGAAAGCUCUGCUGCAGAAGUUCAGCCCGGAGAUCAAAGAUGGCCAGAGGCAGUUCUGCGCCACGAGCAACUAUCUCGGCUACUUUGGGGAUGCUAAGAGACGCUACCAGCGGAUAUAUGUGAAGUUUCUGGAGAACGUUAACAAAAAGGAUUAUGUGAGGGUUUGCUCCCGGAGGCCGUGGCGGCGAUCUGCUCCCGGACUCAGGCGACAGUCCCUUCCUAGAAUGGCGUCUCCACCUGCCACCCAGGCACCACCACCGCCGCCGCCUCCUCCACCGAGGACAGCAGAGAAAGACGAGCGCSUGACUCCACCUGUCCAUCAAGAACAAAAGGAGAAAACGUCCAAACCUGCAACCACCACAGAACAUCAAGUGAAGAAGGAGGCUGCAGCCGCUGUGCCCAAAGCCAAGGAGAAGGAGAAGGAGUCUGAGAAGGAAAGAGAGAGACUGAAGCGGGUUCAGAUGCAGCAGGAAAAGGCGGAGAAGCGGAUACAGAUGCAGCAGGAAAAGGCGGAGAAGCGGAUACAGAUGCAGCAGGAAAAGGCGGAGAAGAGAGCACAAAUACAGCAGGAAAAGGCGGAGAAGCGGGUUCAUCCGCAGCAAGAAAAGGCGGAGAAGCGGGCGCAGCCUCAACAGGAAAAGGCGGAGAAGCGGGCGCAGUCUCAACAGGAAAAGGCGGAGAAGCGGACGCAGCCUCAACAGGAAAAGGCGGAGAAGCGGGCGCAGCCUCAACAGGAAAAGGCGGAGAAGCGGACGCAGCCUCAACAGGAAAAGGCGGAGAAGCGGGCGCAGCCUCAACAGGAAAAGGCGGAGAAGCGGGCGCAGCCUCAACAGGAAAAGGCGGAGAAGCGGAUACAUCCACAGCAGGAGAAAGCGGAGCGGCGAAUACAGCAGCAGCAGGAGAAGGUGGAGAAACGCGCCGGAGCUGCUGACCGCGGUCGGGCGAAGGAGGAUAAGAAAACCUUGGAGAAGAAGGAGAAGGAGAAAGCCGAGCGACCGCCCAAGUCCAAGUCGACCAAAGUGAAGGCCGAACCUCCACCCAAGAAGAGGAAGAAGUGGCUGAACGUUCCCUCAUCCGUACCUUCGUCUUCUGACUCCGACUCCUCUGACGAGGCGGCGAGCGAGAAUGAAAUGCCGGUUAAGGGAGGAGUGGACAACCGGGCCAUGAGGGAGAUGUUCAGGAGCUACGUGGAGAUGCUGGUGAGCACGGCCCUGGACCCAGACAUGAUCCAAGCUCUGGAAGACACAGACGACGAGCUGUACCUGCCCCCGAUGAGGAAGAUCGACAGCAUCCUGAGCGAACAGAAGAGGAGGCUGUUGAGGAAAGUCAGCAUGAGUUCCCAGCACCAGGAUGUUCUGCAUGCUUACCCCCAAAUGAUGACGGACUCUCUGGACACUGUAGUGGUCAGGGUGCGGCUAACCGGCGACGCCUACAACCGAAAGACCCUCAAUAGAGUCAAGAAAACCCUGCCUAAACCACAGGACCUUAAGCUGUCGUCUGAGACGUACCGGAUAUACAGUCUCUACCACUCCCUGCAUCACUACAAGUACCACACCUUCCUGCAGUGCAAGAAAGAGACCAACACCAUCGAGCAGGCGGCCGAGGAUCCGGGCCAAGAGGAAGUGGUGCAGCAGUGCAUGGCCAACCAGAGCUGGCUGGACACCCUCUUCGGCUCCUUCAUCGAGCUGCUCACUCUCAGCACCAAAGCCUGAGUCAUGAGGAGACACACCGAGAGCUAAACUUUAAAAAAAAAAAAAAAAGAUAAAUAAAUGAGAAUCUGGAGGAAAAGCCCAGAUGAAUCCYGCUGUACAGCCCCCAGACCCUCUUCGAAAAUCUCUCCAGAUCCGAGCAGGAAGUUUUCCAGGCCCUCGACGGACACAAAGAGGGCCUGUUGACCCGACCUCGGACGCUGGCCUGUUUUUAUUUUGUCUUGUUGUUGACCAAUCACUAAAGAAAUGUCUUACUUUGUGAGAGUGGGACCCUUCUGGAAGAAAGGARAGGGGGGAACCGGAUCGUUGUUUAAAACAAAAAAAAGAAAAAAAAGACGGAGAGAAACCAGGAGGAGCCGGAAAACCAAGUCGACGGAGGAGAGUCACUGACGUCUUGUUAACUGUGUGUCAUAAAAAGACAAUAGUUCAAAGAGAAACUAUUACCGCUUAGUUUUUACAUAAAUUAUUUUUUUGAAAAGACUAACAUCAGCUGUCGGCUUUUGAGAAGAGAGGAAGGCGGCGGGAGUGCUUUGUGCUUUUUGAGCAGCGCGAUCGCGGAUAGCGGCGUGAGAAGUGUUGGUGGGGCGGCGCUCUCUGGUCGUCAUGUGCUUACGUGGACGGGCAGCACCAGUCGGCCGUGUGGUAAUAUAUGAACGCAUUUUUAUUAUUUAUAUGAGGAGGUUUUUAACUUAAAAACUCUCACACGCGCUGGUUUGCUGCCCCAAACGAUUUAAAUAGCUUUUUAUUUUCCACAGGAUCAGUAUACAAUCAUAACCCACAUAUCCGAGUCGUCUUCCCCUCUAUACAGAAGAACAGGCGUCGAGACAGAACUAUUGUAUCAAAUACAGUGGGUGUAAAAUUGGAAAAAAAGAGGAAAAAAAAAAAAGAAUGGUAACAUUUAUUUGAAACUUAACAUUGUUGUGCUUCAGUUCAAUCAUCAGUCAUGCAGGUGCAAAGAAAAGAACUAUCCCUUUCCCGUGUGGGAAGGAGGAGUAUAAAUAAGUAAUAUUUAAAGAGGAAAUAGUCAUUUCAUUUUUAUCAUUUUGAUGUCUGUGCAUACUAUGACUUAUUUUGAAAACAAUCUGAUUUUCCAUAAAAAAGGAAAAAAAAAAGAUGUGUAAAUACUGUACAGUUCUUGAUGAAACUCUUUGUCCUUCUGUACAUUAACUCUCCUGUAUUUGAAAAACAAAUAAAAUCUACAAAGAACAAA